AAAAACAGAGGUAGUUGAGUCAGUCCAUUUUUCCCCAUGCACGGUUACAAUUUUUUGCUUCCCUCAUCUUCCUUCUAUUAUUUUUUUCCUACUUAACUUUCAAUAAUUUUCUGAAAAAUACAGCAGCACAUUAAAUCUGAUUCCUUCUUCACUCAUCAACGGUUAAUAACUUAUAACAUUUCCACCUCCCAAAAAAAACACACCCACCCAGAAAAAAAAACAUAAGAUGGGACCAACCAAUUUAUAUUCUAGAUGUCCCAAAAUAGUCUAUAUAUACCUUACAAAAUUAAGUACGUAGUAUAGUAAAAUACAACUUCUUCCACCAAAAAAAAAUAAACACAGAGAAAAAAAGAGUGCAAAUUUAGCAUGAAAACAGAAGAAGUUGAUCAUGUAAAAAUGUCUUCAAUUUCCAUAGAACAAAGUGCAAUAAGUGUACCAAAUUUAGGGAUACAUAGUGUUCCUUUACCACCUAAAAAAACCACAUUGCAAAAACUCAAACUCAAACUUACUGAAAUUUUCUUCCCAGAUGAUCCACUUUACCAAUUCAAGAACAAAAGUUUAAGAACUAAAAUUAUUUUGGGUUUUCAGUUCUUUUUCCCUAUUCUUCAAUGGCUGCCUACUUAUAGUUUGCAACUCUUUAGAUCUGAUCUUGUUUCUGGUCUCACCAUUGCUAGUCUUGCAAUUCCACAGGGUAUAAGUUAUGCAAAGCUAGCAAAUUUGCCUCCUAUAAUUGGACUAUAUUCAAGUUUUGUACCACCAAUUAUAUACUCUGUUCUUGGGAGUUCCAGACACUUGGGUGUGGGCCCAGUUUCCAUAGCAUCACUUGUAAUGGGUGCAAUGUUAAGUGAAUUCAUCUCUCCAACUGAUGAACCUGUGCUUUAUCUUAAACUUGCUUUCACUUCUACUUUCUUUGCUGGUUUAUUUCAGGCAUCUUUGGGAUUAUUCAGGUUGGGUUUUAUAAUUGAUUUCUUAUCAAAGGCCACAUUGAUUGGAUUCAUGGCUGGAGCAGCAAUCAUUGUUUCUCUUCAGCAGCUCAAAGCUUUGCUUGGGAUAACUCAUUUCACCAACAAAAUGCAGAUUAUCCCUGUCAUGUAUUCUGUUUUUAGCCACAAAAAUGAGUGGUCAUGGCAAACAAUUGUUAUGGGAAUCAGUUUUCUGGUAUUUCUACUAACAGCACGAUACAUUAGCUCAAAAAAGCCUAGACUUUUCUGGAUAUCAGCAGCUGCUCCAUUAACAUCUGUGAUCUUAUCAACUCUUUUAGUCUUUUGUCUCAGGUCCAAUGGAGAUAAGAUUGCCAAAAUUGGUCAACUACCCGAGGGUCUGAAUCCUCCAUCAAUAAACAUGCUAUACUUCCAAACUGCGCAUAUUGCUCUUGCUGCAAAAACAGGUCUCAUAACUGGUAUAUUGUCUCUAACUGAAGGAAUCGCGGUUGGUAGAACAUUCGCAUCCUUAGAAAAUUAUCAAGUCGAUGGGAACAAAGAAAUGAUGGCAAUAGGUGCAAUGAACAUUGUUGGUUCAUGCUCCUCAUGCUACGUGACUACAGGAGCAUUUUCGCGAUCUGCUGUGAACUAUAAUGCUGGAGCAAAGACGGCUUUCUCCAACAUAGUGAUGGCAACUGCAGUACUAGUGACUCUACUCUUCUUGAUGCCCCUCUUCUAUUACACUCCUAAUGUUGUUUUAGCAGCAAUCAUUAUAACUGCUGUUAUUGGACUGAUAGACCACGAAGGUGCUUUGAGAUUAUGGAAAGUUGACAAACUUGAUUUUGUGGCUUGUUUGUGCUCCUUUCUUGGAGUUCUCUUCAUCUCAGUGCCUUCCGGGCUUGCCCUUGCUGUUGGAAUAUCGGUAUUCAAGGUUCUCCUACAUAUAACCAGACCAAACAUCGUGACCUUAGGCAACAUCCCAGGUACUCAAAUGUUCAAUAGCAUUGAACGUUACAAGAAUGCCUCAAGGAUCCCCUCGUUCCUCAUUAUAGGGCUUGAAGCUCCAAUUUACUUUGUAAAUUCAACUUACCUCCAGGAACGAAUACUAAGGUCCAUCAGAGAGGAGGAAGAUAUGAUCAAAUCCAACGGCGAUCCCAUGCUGAAAUAUGUAGUUUUAGACAUGACAGCGGUGACAGCCAUUGAUACGAGUGGAAUCGACACCAUUAAUGAGCUCGGAAAGAGCAUCCGAAACAGAUCAUUAGAGUUGGCUCUUGUGAAUCCUGUUGGGAGUGUAAUGGAGAAGCUUCACAAGUCAAAGGUGCUUGAGUUAUUUGGUUCUAAUAAUGGGGUUUACAUGUCAGUUGGAGAAGCCAUUUUGGAUAUGACAACUUCGAAGAAGGUGGAUGGCUUAGCUUAGAUUUGUGGUAUCUGAUUCCUUAACAUUGUAAAGAUGUAAGAACUUCAUCAUUUAUGGAGUAACUUGUCAAUUAGAGCUUAAGAAAUAUCAGAUUUAUAUUACAAAAAAUGCGUGUUGAGCUUUUUUCUUC